ACUCUGCCAAUUUAUAGCAACAUCUCAAACAGGGCAGCUGUACCUUCCUUAUGCAUAUGUAAGAGGAAGUGAUCAUCAGAAAGGAGAUGAUUUUCAUAAUGCCUUCUAAUCUGUUCACGGCCCUUGUGGUGCUCUCCAUUCUUCGCUUCCUUAGCGUUAGCGUUGAAGCUCAAGCACCAACUUACCGGUAUCAUUUCUGUUCAAACACAACCAAUUUCACUCCCAACGGCUCCUACCAGUCUAAUCUCAAUCUCCUUCUCUCUUCUUUCACAUCCAACGCCACACGUGAUAUUGGAUUUUACUACACCACCGCGGGCGUGCAAGGCUCCACUGCAGAAGUAGUUUACGGUUCUUUCCUAUGCCGUGGAGAUCUCACCCCCAAGUUGUGCCAAGAAUGUGUUACUACUGUAGCCAAAGAAGUUGUCCAACUGUACUGCCCCUUGGGAAAAAUCGCAAUAAUAUGGUACGACGAGUGCAUGUUGCGCUACGCAAACCAGUCUUACUUGAACAGAAUGGACGAAGCUCCUCGAGUUUCCAUGUGGAACAUUGGGAAUAUCACUGACCCUACCCGCUUUACGCAGCUGGUGGCAGAAACAAUCAAUGGUUUGGUGGCUCCGGCUUCAAAUGAACCCUCCGGUGCUAAAAAGUAUGCAACAAAAGAAGCAGCUUUCAAUGGGUUUCAGCAGUUGUACAGCCUUGUGCAGUGCACACCAGACCUAUCAAGCACAAGUUGUGUUACAUGUCUUCGAGGAGCUAUUGCACAACUUCCAGGUUGUUGUACUGGAAAGCAAGGCGGUAGAGUUUUAUAUCCUAGUUGUAAUGUUCGAUAUGAAGUUUAUCCAUUUUAUACAGCUGAAGCAGCCACACCUUCACCACCGCCACAACCUUUGACUCUUCCUCCCCCACCUCCAGGAAACGACAAAAUCUCAUCCCUAAUCAUAGUGGCCAUUGUUGUUCCAAUUGCCAUAGUGCUUUUCUUGGUAGGCUGCUUUUUUCUAAGAAGAAAUGCAAGAAAAACGUAUGCUGCUUUACAAGAACAAAAUGUGGGGAAUGAAAUUUCUACUGUGGAGUCAUUGCAGUUUGAUUUUGCUAAAAUUGAAGCAGCCACAAACCAGUUUUCUGUUAAUAACAGAUUAGGGGAAGGUGGCUUUGGAGAGGUUUACAAGGUCUUUGUUUGUUUCUAUAUUAAUUUUCAGGGAACACUUCCUAAUGGGCAAGAAAUAGCUGUGAAGAGGUUAUCUAGAAGCUCCGGGCAAGGUGUUGUGGAGUUUAAAAAUGAGGUGGUUUUGGUCGCCAAGCUUCAGCACAGAAAUUUAGUGAGGCUACUGGGAUUUUGCUCUGAAGGAGUAGAAAAGAUACUUAUCUAUGAAUUUGUGCAGAACAAAAGCCUUGACCACUUUUUAUUUGACUCGGAUAUUCAAGUAAAGUUGGGUUGGUCAAGCAGAUACAAGAUUAUAGGUGGGAUUACUAGAGGGAUUCUCUAUCUCCAUCAAGAUUCUCGGCUUAAAAUCAUACAUCGCGAUCUCAAAGCAAGCAACAUAUUGUUAGAUGGAGAAAUGAACCCAAAAAUAUCAGAUUUUGGAAUGGCAAGAAUAUUUGGAGUUGAUCAAACUCAAGGAAGCACCAGAAGGAUUGUCGGAACUUAUGGUUACAUGUCCCCAGAGUAUGCAAUGCAUGGACAGUUCUCAGAGAAGUCUGAUGUGUACAGUCUUGGUGUCUUAAUCUUAGAGAUUGUAACAGGCAAGAAAAACACUAGUUUCUAUCAAUCAGACCGUGGCGAAGAUCUCUUAACAUAUGCUUGGAAACAUUGGAGAGAAGGGACGGUGGAAGAAUUGUUGGAUUCAAAUCUGAGAUGUUCUUAUUCAAGAAAUGAAGUAAUCAGAUGUAUCCAUAUUGGUUUACUGUGUGUUCAGGAGGAUCCAAAGGAGAGACCUACUAUGCAAACCAUUGUUCUCAUGCUAAGCAGUUACUCAGUUUCUAUGCCUUUGCCUGAGAAGCCAGCGUUUUUCCUGCAUAGUAAGGCAGAGUUGAACAUGCCAUCAGUAGCCUCUGGAUCAUCAUAUCAACCCACUAGCAGCUCAGUCUCAUGUUCUGUUAAUGAAGUUUCAAUUACCGAAUUAUUCCCUCGAUAAUGUGAGUAAUAUAUAGCACAACAACCUGUGGAGAAGGGACAACUUUCGUACUGUUGGCUUCGAGUGUCAGAGAUUCUUAUUCCAUAAGUGAAGAUUAUCAGACUCUUGUUAAUUAGGCCUUAUUUAGUAGUUUUCUGAUGUUUAAGGUGAGGUUUUGAUGUAUGAAAUUUCCAACUUUGGAUAAUCAAUAAACUAUCUUCUCUUGCAAAAAAAU